CAAAACCGCCGCCAUUGAGCCGCCACUUCACUAUACUGCACCUCGCCACUUCAGCUCAGCCUCUAGGGUUUCCAUUCCAUGGCGGCCAACGCGAUACGCACCCCCGUCGUCUCUCCUUCCACCUCCACCUGCUUUCCCUCUUCCCCCAACCACCGCGUCCUCCUCCGCCUCCACUUCCCCCAAUCCUCUAAACAACACCGCUAUUGCUCCUCCUCUUCUUAUCCCAAAUUCACCGUUUCCUGCUCCCAAUUCCAACCUGAAACCACUCGCCGGCGUCCUCCUUACAUCCCGAACCACAUCCCUGACCCUUCCUAUGUUCGCAUCUUCGACACCACCCUCCGCGACGGCGAGCAGUCCCCCGGCGCCUCCAUGACCUCCAAGGAGAAGCUCGACAUUGCCCGCCAGCUUGCCAAGCUCGGCGUUGACAUCAUCGAGGCCGGCUUCCCUGCCGCCUCCAAGGACGACUUCGAGGCAGUCAAAAUGAUCGCGCAGGAGGUUGGAAACGCCGUCGAUGACGAAGGCUACGUUCCCGUCAUCUGUGGCCUCUCCAGGUGUAAUGAGAAGGAUAUUCGAACCGCUUGGGAUGCCGUUAAGCACGCGAAGAGGCCCAGGAUUCAUACCUUCAUUGCUACCAGUGGCAUUCACAUGGAGUACAAGCUCAGAAUGUCUAAAGAACAGGUCAUUGACAAAGCCCGCAGUAUGGUCAAGUUCGCCCGCAGUUUGGGCUGCAAUGACGUCGAGUUCAGUCCUGAAGAUGCUGGCAGAUCGGAGAGGGAGUUUCUUUAUGAAAUUCUAGCAGAAGUUAUCAAGGCUGGGGCCACAACCCUUAAUAUACCGGACACUGUUGGCAUAACGAUGCCGAGUGAGUUUGGGAAACUGAUUGCUGAUAUCAAAGCUAAUACCCCUGGAGCAGAAAAUGUUGUUAUUUCCACCCAUUGUCAGAAUGAUCUUGGGCUUUCUACCGCAAACACUAUAGAGGGUGCACAUGCUGGUGCAAGGCAACUGGAAGUAACAAUUAAUGGGAUCGGUGAAAGGGCUGGAAAUGCCUCAUUAGAAGAGGUUGUGAUGGCCCUAAAAUGCGGAGGACAUGUCUUUGGCAAUCUGUACACUGGCGUUAAUGCAAAGCACAUCUACCUGACAAGCAGGAUGGUCGAAGAGUACUCUGGUUUGCAGUUACAACCGCACAAGGCCCUUGUAGGAGCUAAUGCCUUCGCUCAUGAAAGUGGCAUUCAUCAGGACGGAAUGUUAAAACACAAAGGUACAUAUGAAAUAAUAUCUCCUGAGGACAUUGGCCUUGAAAGAUCCAAUGAAGCUGGUAUUGUACUGGGAAAGCUUAGUGGACGGCAUGCUUUGAGAAAGCGACUUCAAGAGCUUGGUUAUGAACUUAAAGAUGACCAAGUUGAGAGUUUAUUUUGGCGUUUCAAAGCAGUUGCUGAGCAAAAAAAGAGGGUUACUGAUGCUGACCUCAGAGCAUUGGUAUCAGAUGAAGUCUUUCAGGCAGAGCCUGUUUGGAAACUUGGUGAUUUGCAGGUGACUUGUGGAACUCUUGGUCUUUCAACUGCAACUGUUAAACUUGUUAGUGAUGAUGGUAGCACGCAUGUUGCUUGUGCCAUUGGUACAGGACCAGUGGAUUCGGCUUACAAGGCUGUUGAUCUAAUAGUAAAGGAACCAAUAACCCUUCUUGAGUACUCAAUGAACGCAGUCACCGAAGGCAUUGAUGCAAUUGCCACUACAAGAGUUGUAAUUCGCGGGGAAACAGAUCAUACAUCUACUCAUGCCUUGACUGGAGAAACUGUGCAUCGAACAUUUGGUGGGAGCGGAGCAGGAAUGGAUGUUGUUGUUUCCAGUGUCAAGGCCUACGUUGCUGCAAUAAACAAGAUGCUAGGUUUCAAGGAUACAUCUCCAUCUACUGAAAAAAUCCCAGUUUCUGCAUCAAAGGUUUGAUUGAUGCCUACUACUAUGGUCACAGUUGAUUCAUCGAUACUUUAUUUUAGUACAGUGUAAUUCAUGGAUCCUACAAGGAUUAUGUCCCUUUUCAUUUGAGGGUGUCCACUAUUGGAAGUUAUAAAUGUGCUUUUUUUGCUAUUUUUCUUUUGACGAAGUGAAAUCAUGGUCAUCUUAAGGUUUCGCCUCAGGGCUGAGUUUGUAAGGUGCAGAAGCUAAAUUAAAUGAGGAAUGGCUUUAGAAAGAAAUAGCUUAGAUAAUUUCUUCUGA